AGCAUGAUGCAAGCAGCUGCCUUGGAGCUGGGUGGAUUCCUACCAGGGUCCAGCUCCCUGCUGGACAGCUGCCCCCACUGGGCUCGGGGCUGGAACAGGCCUUUCCAGCCCCUGGCCAGAGGAGCAGAGACCAUGGCUGAGGCAAGUCUGGAUGUCACGUUGCCAGCCGGUGAAAAUGGACCGAAGGCAGCUUCCUCCGACACUGGACUGAAGACGGCUUCGUUAGACACCAGGGAACAGCAGUUUGCAGUGAACAGGGUGGUCAGCAUGCCCUUGGUCGCCUCCGUUUACGAGCUGGCCCCUGCUGCCUCCUGCCCCAGCACCGAACCCACCUGCAAGCUGGCAGAGAAAGACGCGGAGCCCGGGGCCGCGGCAGCCGUCUCUCCUGCCCAGCUGGCUGCAGCUGAACGGGCUGGGCCAGCCAAGGAGACCAGGAGCAACGGGCUGGAUAAAGGGAAGCUGCCAGCCCCUCCGCAGCCACGCAAGCAGGUGGUGACGGACACAACAGAGCCGGACUCUUCCAAAGAGACAGAGGCCACGGCGGCAGCAGCCAGCGCGGCGAGCGGAGCAAAGGGCGCAGGGACCAGCAGUGGCCCCAAGGCGGCCCGGCCCAACGAUCCAAGCCAUCGCCACUUGGGGGGUAGCCCCCGAGCAGCCAUGACCAGCAGCCUACGCAGCCUCAUGAACUCUAGAGUGGGUCAGCUCUUCCUCCGCAGCGUGGACAGAGCGCUGGACAAGUCGGAAGAGCUGAUGAAUCGGUAUCUGCCCCUGACGGAGAAGGAGCUCGCCGCACUCACAAUGGAAGGGCUGGACGCCUCCACAGCAGAACACCACAGGAAGGGCUGCUUUGUGCGGCUGGGGUCCCUCUCCACCAGCCUGCGGAACCGGGCCUUCAUGCUGAUCCUGAAUAAGCUGAGACAGACCCGGCAGAACACCCACGAGAACCUCUCUCAGCUCCACCAGACUAUCAACCUGAUUGAACACAUCCAGCAGGAGAAGCGGCUUCCCGGCAGCCAGGAGAAGCUGCACAGUAUGUGGGAACAGUGGAGCCAGAAGCAGGAAGUGGGUCUCCAGACCGAGCCAAGGGGCAGCAAGGACAGCGGGUCCUCAGCCUGCAGCAGCACGGAUCACAACUCCCAAGCGAGCAGCAGCAAGGACAGAAACUCCACGCAGCUAGAGGUGGAGUCCAAGACCUUGGCCAUGUCCCGUAGCCUGUCACAGCAGCUGCAAGCUACGUACCUGAACCUCUUAUCCAACGUCAGAGGCCUCCCCACACAUCUCCAGGAGAAGAUGCAGCAAGUGCAUCAGAACAUGGCGGAGCUGCACGGGUACUUCUCCUCGGCCAACUCCUUCCAGGAAUUGUCCGGCAACGUCCUAAGCCAGAGCCGGGAGAAGGUGGCCAAAGCUUGGGAGGCCUUGGAUGAAGUGAUGGAUUUUCUGUUGCAGAACCCUCCUGUAACGUGGCUUGUGGAAUCCUUGGUUUCCCUUGAAGGGGAGCUGCUGGAGACAGAGGAGAAGCCGGAUAUAUUGAAAGUCCUGAAACACUACGAGCCACAGGACUGCAAAGAUGACUAGCUAGUCAGCUUCUGCCGGCAGACCAACCAAACCCUUUGAGCAGACAGAGACCUAACCCUAAACCUCUACUAGGAGCUUCGGUUUUACUCUAGCCCUCGUGGGAUACCCCCCAAAUAUGACACACACCCCCCAAGUUAAAUAGCCAUAUCCAAUAAACGGAAGGCUUUGUCUUCCACGCAUCCCAGAUCUCUUCCAA